AUGCCUUACAAUAUUGCUAUGAUAUGUGAUUUCUUCUACCCUCAACUUGGUGGGGUAGAAUUUCAUAUUUAUCAUGUAGCUCAAAAGUUAAUGCAACUGGGCCAUUCAGUCAUCAUAAUAACUCACGCAUACCAAGAUCGAAUUGGUAUUAGAUAUUUAACUAAUGGAUUGAAAGUUUACCAUGUACCCUUUUUAGUUCUUGUAAGAUCAACUACUUUUCCUACAAUAUUCUCAAGUUUCCCCAUCAUUAGAAAUAUUUUAAUUAGGGAACAAAUUCAAAUUGUACAUUCUCAUGGCAGCGUUUCUACUUUAGCACAUGAAUCCAUUGUACAUGCCAACACAAUGGGAUUAAGAACUGUGUUUACUGAUCACUCCCUAUAUGGGUUUAGAUCAUUAGGAUCAAUUUUAGUUAAUAAAUUAUUAACUUUUACAUUGACAAAUAUUGAUCGAGUUAUUUGCGUUUCAAAUACAUGUAAGGAAAAUAUGAUUAUACGAACAAAUUUAGAACCUGAAAAGGUCUCUGUUAUACCGAAUGCUGUAAUAAGUCAAGAUUUUAAACCAAGAGAAAUGUCUGAAAAAAAAGAUUAUUCGAAGAGUAUAACUAUUGUAGUUAUUGGUAGGUUAUUCCCAAAUAAAGGGGCCGAUCUUUUAACAAAAUUGAUUCCAAAAAUAUGCAAUGCUCAUCCAGAAAUUAAAUUCAUUGUUGCUGGAGAUGGUCCAAGAUUUGUAAAUUUUCAGCAAAUGAUUGAAAUUUUUAGAUUACAGAAAAGAGUAGAGUUAUUAGGUUCUGUACCACAUGAAAAUGUUAGAGAUGUUAUGUGUAAGGGUGAUAUUUAUUUACAUGCAAGUUUAACAGAAGCAUUCGGCACUGUAUUGGUGGAAGCUGCAUCAUGUGGCUUAUUAAUUGUAACUACAACAGUUGGUGGUAUACCAGAGGUUCUCCCGAGUCAUAUGACUGUAUUUGCUCAUGAAACAUCAGUAUCUAGUCUGUUUAAUGCUACAAACAAGGCAAUCGAGAGUUUAAGAUCUGGAGAAAUCGACACCACAACAUUUCAUAGUGAUGUUGCACAAUUUUAUAAUUGGUUAGAUGUCGCAGAAAGAACGGUUACUGUAUAUGAUGAAAUAUUUAAGAAAUCUAAUAUUAAUGAUAAAAACUGGAUAUAUAUGCUAAAACGUUAUUAUUAUCGAGAUAAACAAUGGUCUAGAAGGUUAUAUACAUUAUGUGCAGUUGUUGAAUAUAUGUUGUGUAUAUUUUUAGAUUGGUUCUAUCCACGAAAUCAAAUUGAUUUGGCAAUUAAAUGGCCUUGCCAUUCACAAAAUACACCCUCUUCUCAAAAUUCAUCGUAA